AUGAGAGUUUCUCAAGUAUUAAAUUUCCAAGUGUCUGUGUCAAAUGCAUUGAGAAGACCAUGGCAAACUUUUAGAGAUGGUACAUUGUACUAUGGUCAACUAAAAUCAGGUUCGAAAAGACAUGCAUUAACUGGUAAACAAGGUAACAAACAUUAUUAUAAAGGUACUCGUUCUUCAGGUAUAGGUAGUUGGGAUUCAAGAGGUAGAUAUCAUAUCAACUGGGAAAAGGUGAGAACAUAUGUAGUUCCCGAAGGUUUGAACAAUACUGAAUUGAAGGCAUUGGUAUCGCCAAAAUCACCAAAAUUCAUCCAACAAGUGGUAGGCUAUCGUGAUCAUUUCAAAAGCCCUGAAUUGGCAUUUCAUAAUGCAAGGAACUUCAUUGAAUAUGGUGCCAACUAUAGUGAUGUUGACUUAGAACAGGAAGGUUAUAUACAUAGAAUUGUACAUCCAGAUAUAUUGGAAGCAGAAAGGAAAGAAAGUAUGGGCGUCGAAGGCAUAAAGAAUUAG